AACCCUAGAUCUCACCUCCAUCUUCGAAGCUACGAAGUCAGCCACCGCUAACUUUCUCUCUCUAACUUUAUCUCUCUAACUUUCUUUUCGCCCACGCAAACGAUACCUACUCCACACAAUAAUUAUCAAUGGAGUCACCGCCGUUGGUCCUCGCACCUUGAACGUCGUCGUCACGUCUUCUCCACGCCGAUCGAACUCUCACUUCCCGUGACGAAGACGACGACGACGACGAAGACGAAUUGGUCCAUCAUGAAGGGUAUGGUUAUGAUGAUAAUUAUGCCUUCACGCUUAACGAGUGGACUAUAAGUGUUGAAGCUGUUGGGAGUUUCUAUUGGAAAAUAUUCGUCGACUUUGAACAAAUGGCAGAGCCAAGAGAGACCUGCACACAAAUGGCUUUCAAUUGUGGAAUCUGGAUGUGUGAUUUCUUCUUCACAACACGAUUCCUUGGGUAUUUUUGAGUGAAGACCUGUAUCUUACUCUAACGGCUAACAUUUAGGGUUUUAGUCUGUAAAUAAGGAUACUUGUAGAUAAAUGGAAUCAAAGUGGGUUAAAGUAAUGGACAAUGUCAGUGAGUUGAAGAGAAAACGAGCAGCCAAGGAUGCUGCACGUGUAAUUGGAGCAAGUCACAAGGUGUUGUCACUGCAGUCUAGCCGUGACUCAAUUCUUAGUGAACUUGGCAAGCGGAAGAGGUCAGCUGGAUGCAAAACUAAGUGUGGGUCACGCUUGAAAAAAUCUUUACCUAAGAACUAUUCAAAUUUUAUUCAAAGCGGACUGCCACAACGUUUGCUCUUUUAUCAAAAUAGUCAAUGGACUGAUUUUCCUCAGGAUAUUGUUGAUUUGGUCAGGGAAGGGUUUCGGGUUAAGAAGGCAGCAACUGAAGUGCAGUUCAAUGGGUAUCAUUUAAUGCUAGAUUUUUUAUAUAUGAUUCAAGUAGAUUUGAAAACAGGUUUGCAGAAAUCUAUUGCUUGGAUUGAUGAAGCGGGCUGCUGCUUUUUUCCUGAAUUAUACUCUAAUAAUUGUGAAAAAUAUGAAUGCUGCCAAGCUGAAAUUGAAAGAGACGAAGGAUUAUUAUAUCCGGGGUCAAAUGGGACCUGUGAGAUCAAGUUGCAUCUCGAAAUUGAAGUAGAUGGAGUGAAUAGCUCUAAGUUGGAGGAAUGCGUGGAAGAGUCAAAUGCUAGUGUAAAGAGGACUAAAAUUGAUGAAAACUCCUCUAGGAAUUGUUACAACAUGGGUAUUAGUGACAAAUACUACCAGAAAUCAGAUUCCAAAAUUGAAGUGGCUGUUGGGGAAAUUCAACAGAUUGAUAAAAAUUUAUCACAUAAGCUCGAAGCUAUUUCUGAAACUGUGGAUUCAGAUGUCUUGAGAAACAUGUUUGUGACUGGCAUGAAGCCAAUCUUAAAUGCAAAUAUAAUUGAAAUCAACAAAUGCUCUAGUAAUUUGAUGCAUGCCCGCUUGGAACUUUUUCAGAAGCAGAUUGAAAUUGCUCAAAAGUAUCGUGGAAAUCCAAAUGUUCGGUAUGCUUGGCUUGCUGCUUCUAAAGAUGCAGUAUCUAGCAUCAUGACCUAUGGGCUUGGGCAUGGUGGACCUGUAAUUAAGACCACAUACGGCAUUGGAGUUCAUCUCACUGCUGUGAACUGUGCCAACACCAGUGCAAGUAAUUGUGAUGUUGACGAAAAUGGAGUACAACACAUAGUGUUUUGUCGUGUUAUAUUGGGAAAUAUGGAACUUGUUCAUCCGGGAUCUAGACAAUUUCAUCCCAGUAGCGAAAAUUUUGACAGUGGAGUUGAUGAUCUGCAAAAUCCAAAUCAUUACAUUGUUUGGAAUAUGAAUAUGAACUCACACAUCUAUCCAGAAUAUGUUGUUAGUUUCAAGGUGUCUGCUAGACCCGAAGGGGCUCUGGAUGGGAAAGAAAGCAGGUUUGAUACAUCAGGAGUUACAACUUGUCAGGAAUCUCAGGGCCAGUUGCAACUAUAUUCAUCGUCAGUUGAAUUGGAGAGAAAUUGUCAUCCAUGUCAAGAGCUUGAGAACAACUCUCAGGGAAAGGCCAGCAUUGGUUCAAGCACCUCUAAGAUUCCUAAAUCACCUUGGAUGCCCUUUGCAUUGUUGUUUGAAGCUAUCUCAAAUAAUGUCGCUCCUAAAGAUAUGAAAAUGGUGAAUUUUCACUAUGAAUUGUUCAGGAGCAAGAAAAUCAGUCGGGAUGAUUUUAUUAAAAAGUUGAGAUUGAUAGUUGGGGAUCAACUGUUGAGGUCCAAAAUAAUCAGUCUUCGGGACAAGGGACCAUCCAAUUCUCAAUGCCCACUGAAAGUGCCGAAGGAGGAGCAAGAAUUUUGAGGCAGUGUGAUAAAUGAAUGGCAUCUGGCCUUCAUAAUUUCAAUUUUUUUUUUUUUUUUGAGAUUUAUUGUACCUGGGUUCAAAUCUGUUGUGGCUGCUUUUGCUUUGGAAUGCAUCGAGCCGUCAUCGCGAAGGUGGUAAACAGUGCUGUUAGGUAUAUGUAAUUUGCUUUUUCUUCCGUGCCUUUUGUCAAUUUCAAUUUCUGUUUGACUUGUUGAAUUGUUAGAUUUAGCAAUGAAAGUUAAUAACUUUAUCUGCA